AUGGCGUCGUCUGAUGGAUUAGCGAGCGUUGAGCCAUGGUCGUUCCGACAAAGCUUUAACAACAUCGACUCAUGGUUACUUCCAGAUCCUUUCUCACACGACAGUGAUGUACUCGCUCAAGCUCUUCACAAAUCAAUCUCUACCUCUACACCCACCGAUCCUUUCUCUCCUUCAGCUUACUUCGAUUCCCCCGCCGCCGCCGCCGUCUCCGAUCUCUCUCCUCCUCAGACCCUCUCUAACGUCUCCUUCGUCUCAGAUCCCGACAUCUCCGCCGCCGGUGGGAAGAGGAAGCGUGUCUCUGGUGUCUCCGGUGAUAAACCAGCGAAACGCAGGUCACGAGUCUCUAAGAAGAAGUCUCAGACUACGUUUAUAACGGCGGACGCGGCUAAUUUCCGGCAGAUGGUUCAGCAAGUCACCGGCGCGAAGUUCGUCGGUGGCUCUUCCAACGGCAUUUUUACUCCGAUCGUGAAACCGGAGCCGCAUAGGCUCGCUAGUAGGGUACCACCAGUCUCAGCGUCUGUUCCCACGCUUGAUACGUCGUCGUUUUUGUCUAACCAUCACCAGGAGAACAUGGUCAACGAUUUGGGGUCUGUUUCAGCACCAGUGAGUUCGUUUCAUCAGUCAAGAACGGUGGAGACGGUGAAGUCCGGUGUUGGUGGUGGUGGAGGAUCUGCCGUGGAGUUGGAUGGUUACCCGAGCUUCCCGACCCUUGAAUCGUGGAAAGUAAUGUGAUCUUAUCGGAUUUAAUUAUAAGUUAGUGUUUGUAGAUGUAGUCCCUUGUUUCUCUCUUGUUUUCGUUAUGAACAUCUUGUUGUCUGGGCUUUGUGCCUAUGGAGUCUCUUGUUCAUACUGUUGGGGGAUUAAUGAAUCAAUGGUUAAUUGCAAUUUUUAAUUUUCUUUAUGAUUUUAACAAAAUAAUCCAGAAGCUAAAGAAUAUCUUUUGAUGGUCCCAUGGAGAUGUUGUCAGUAUCACACAGAAGACAAUCAUAUACGGUUACCACCACCACAAUUAUGUUUUC